AUAGUGUUGCGAAAGCAUUCAUUCGGAGUUUCAUCCCUGGACGUGAAGUGAUCCAAGCAUGGUCGGAAAGGUGUCGUUGAGCGGCGCCGUGCUACUGCUGACACAAGCAGCGUCGGCGUUCUACCUGCCGGGCGUCCAAAUGGUGACGUACAAGCGGGGGGACGACGUGCCGCUGUUUGUGAACUCGUUGAGCUCGCCCGAGACGCUGCUCCCCAUUGAGUACUACAACCUCCCGUUCUGCACGCCCAAGGAGAUUGAGUACAAGAGCGAGAACCUCGGCGAGUACUUGACUGCAAACCGCAUCGAGAACUCGCCGUACGUGCUUAAGUUCCUCGAGCCCAAGACAUGUGCCGUGCUGUGCACGACCACGUACAACUCGAAGCAGGUGCACAAAUUCGCCACGAUGGUGCAGGAAAAGUACCGCGUCAACUGGAUCGUGGACAACCUCCCCGCGAGCGUCAAGUACGACGACGUCUUGGAGCUAGGGUUUCCCCUCGGGAACUACAACAAGGACUUGGACAAGACGCCGCGUCUCAACAACCACGUUAAGAUUCGCAUCGCGUACAACAACCUGGACGACUUUACCACGCCCAACCCGGACGAAGGGCGCAUCGUGGACUUUGUCGUGAUUCCCCAAAGCUACGACUACAAAUCCAAGAACUUGGUCGCCGGCGAAACCCCCGCUCGCAUGAACGUGUGCGAGCCGGCGGCGAACGAGCCCAAGGAGCUGUACCUGCUGGAAACUCCCGACAAGGACGUGGAAAUCACAUGGACGUACAGCGUGGAAUGGGUCGAGGACAACGAGCGCACGUGGCGCACGCGGUGGGACGUGUACUUUGAGGUCGGCAGCGGCAGCGACGAAGUGCACUGGUUCUCAAUCAUCAACGCGCUCUUGAUCGUGCUGUUUCUCAGCGGCAUGGUUGGCAUGAUCCUCAUGCGGUCGCUGCAUCGCGACAUUUCUCGCUACAACCGCGUCCCGACAGAGGAAGAGCGCAUGGAGGAGCGCGAGGAGUCGGGCUGGAAGCUCGUGCACGCGGAUGUGUUUCGUCCGCCGACGACGCAGCCCAUGUUGUACUGCGUCAUGAUCGGGACUGGGUUUCAGUUGCUGGGCAUGUCGACGAGCACGCUGUUCUUUGCGGCCGUGGGGUUUCUAGCGCCGUCGAACCGCGGCAAGCUCAUGGUGGCACUGCUCGUGUGCUUUGUGCUCAUGGGCAUGGUGGCCGGGUACGCGUCCUCGCGCAUGUACAAGCUGUUCAAGGGCAAACGCUGGCAGCUCAACACGAUUUUGACGUCGACGCUGUUCCCAGGGCUAAUGUUUGGUACGUUUUUCCUGCUCAACUUGUUUGUGUGGGGCGCGGGGUCGGACGCGGCCGUUCCAUUUGGGUCCAUGGUGCUCUUGAUCGUCAUGUGGUUUGGGGUGUCGGUGCCGUUGGUGUUUCUCGGCGCGUUCUACGGGUUCCGCCAGCCGUCGAUCGAGUUUCCCGUGUCCACAAGCAACAUCCCGCGGCCGAUUCCGCUGCAGCCAUGGUACAUGACGAACGCCAUGACGGCGGCCGUGGGUGGCAUCUUGCCGUUUGGCGCCAUCUUUGUCGAGCUCUUCUUUGUGCUCACGUCCAUCUGGACUGACCACUACUAUUACGUGUACGGGUUCCUCUUGCUGUCGUUUGUGAUCUUGCUUGGCACGUGCAUGGAGAUUACGAUCGUGCUGACGUACUUUCAACUGUGUGGCGAAGACUACAACUGGUGGUGGCGGUCGUUUGUCGUGUCGGGGUCGUGCGGCGGGUACGUCCUGCUCUACUCGACCUACUACUACUGGACCCGCCUCGACGUGGACAACAUUAUUGGCUCGAUGCUGUACUUUGGGUACAUGUCGAUCGCGUCGGGGGCGUUGGCGCUCCUCUGCGGCACCGUCGGCGUCAUGGCGUCGCUGUGGUUCACCAAGAAGAUCUACGCAUCGAUCAAGGUCGACUAGUACAAGGGUGUCCAAACGGCGGAAGCGGGCGGCCAUGGCGAACGCUCGAUCAAAUGAGUAGCAAGUAUUGUAUUGUAGUCCGAUGUCAAUAUAUAUACAAGGCGAUGUGACACUUUCCAAGGGGGAA